AUGGAAGGGGAGGUCAUGGAGGAUCGAGAUGCUUUAUCAGUAGAGAUGGCUGGUUUAUCGGUGGACAGCGGUGAUCAGAUGGGUCUUGAAUAUCAACAAGAGGAGUUGGGGGCAGGAGACAAUCUUGAGCUAUGUUUGGUGGGCAGAUUUCUUUCGGAGAGGAUUAUCAACUAUAAUGCUAUGUCUUUUUCAUUAGCCGAGCUGUGGCAACCUCGUGAAGGGAUGACUGUUAGGGAGUUGGGUGGUGGUCUUUAUGUGUUUCAAUUUUUUCAUGAGGUAGAUAUUCACCGUGCCCUGGAAAUGUGCCCUUGCACCUUUGAUAAUCAGAUUCUGAUUAUAGAACGUAUGUCAGGUUUUUCUACUCCUACAGAAGUCCCUCUUAAUCACAUCUAUAUUUGGCUCAAGAUCUUUGAUUUACAGACUGGGUUUCAUUCUGAAAGGGUAGCUAAAGAUAUUGGCAAUCAGGUCGGUCAGUUUAUUGCUUCAGAUGAGCGCAAUUUUACUGGGGAGUUUGACUCAUUUGUUCGAAUCCGUGUUAGAUUGGAUGUUCGAAAACCGCUGAUGCAAGGCAUCAACUUGAGAAGAACAGGUGCAGGACAGGCCCCUCGCAACUAUUCUCUGGACAUCCGUGCUAAACCUCGCAGAGGGGGAAUGGUGAACAAGAGCUCACGGUGGCUCCGUACGCCGGGGAGGUCUUUCCGAUCAGAAGAUAAGGGAGUGGUUACUGGAGCUGCUUUAGCUAAGUCUCCUAUUUUAUCUCAACAUGCUGUUAAUUCCCAUGUACACCCAGCCAUGCAAUCUCCUACUGGGCUUACUAUUGUGGACCUGAAGCGGCGUCGUAUGGAGGAGGCAUUAAAUGAGGAGAGGGCCCAAGAUGGUGGUACCAAUGCAGGACCUGAUUCUACACUUUCAAGGGCUGCACCAAAAAACAUGAUUGAAGAAAUAAAAAAUUUAUUGGGUUAUGAUGAUUUUGUUUCUAUGGACUGUGUGGGGCAUAGUGGUGGUCUGGCUUUACUUUGGCGUGCUAUUGACUCUGUGCAUGUUCUAUUUCAAUCGGCUAGAUGUAUUGAUGUGGAGGUUGACUUAGAUUCGGUGGGUAGUUGGCGACUAACUGGCUUUUAUGGACAUCCUAAUCGUAAUCAUCAUCAGGAGUCUUGGGCUUUACUACAGAAUUUAGCAACUAUGAGCACACGUCCCUGGGUCUGUAUGGGGGACUUCAAUGACAUUCUAGCUAAUCAUGAGAAGAAAGGAGGCAGACGGCAACCGAAUGCAUUGAUUCAGGGGUUUCGCAAUGCUGUAAUGGUAGCGGGACUCUGUGAUUUUCCCAUGAGCGGAUAUAAAUUUACUUGGGAAACUGGUAGGGGCUCAGAUCGGUGGGUUGAAGAAAAAUUAGAUAGAGUUCUUACCUCUCCAUCAUUUAAUUCUUUGUUUUCCCAUGCUAGAGCGGCUUCGUUGGAAGCUUCUUCAUCUGAUCAUCUUCCAAUACUGUUGGAGAUACGUCUCUUUAUUCCGACCCAGUUGGCCAGGAGAUUUAAAUUUGAGAACAGUUGGAGAAGAGAGCCGCAGUGCCGUGAGUUGAUCUCCAAUGUUUGGAAUUCGAGUGCCUCUGUGGAUGUGUUUAAUAAAUUACUUCGGUGUGGAGAAUUGUUGUAUAGAUGGGGGCUGGACAUUCAAAAUCUACAUAAGCAGGAGUUGGUACAGUGUAAGUUAGAUAUGCAGCACUUGCGGGGUUCUCGUUCGUUGGCUGAUGUUCGCAAGUUUGAGGAGGCUAAGAAGAGAUACCAUGACUUGUUGAGGGAUAAAGAAAUACAAUGGAAGCAACGUGCCAAAGUCUUUUGGUUGAAAGAAGGAGAUUCUAACACUAGAUUCUUUCAUGCAAUGGCUACAAACAGAAAAAAGAAGAAUCUGAUUCAUCGGCUCCAAGACAGCAAUGGGGUUUGGUGUGAGAGGGGGCCAGCUCUCGACACUCUUAUUGUUGAUUAUUUUCAGGAUAUCUUCCAGGCAAAUUCGGGUGAUACUCAGCCUAUUAUUGAUCAUAUCCCUCACUGUAUUACUGAGGAAGAUAAUGCUUUUCUUCUUGCUCCUUAUUCACCUGAGGAAGCCCGUGCAGCAGUGUUUAGCAUGCAGGCGGACAAGGCACCUGGUCUCGAUGGGUUCAACCCAGGUUUUUUCCAAUAUCACUGGGAUAUUAUUGGGUCUGAUGUUUCAUCUACUUGUAUUUCAAUGUUGGCUGUCGGUACAUUCCCGGUAGAGUUAAAUGAAACAGCAUUAGUUUUGAUUCCAAAGAAGACAAUUCCUGGGACGAUGGGGGAUUUGCGACCAAUAGCUUUGUGUAAUGUCUUUUAUAAAAUAAUGUCCAAGAUGGUUGCAAAUCGACUUAAAAGGCUAUUGCCUCGGAUUAUUUCUCCAUCACAGUCGGCAUUUGUUGCCGGGAGAAGCAUCCAUGAUAAUACUAUAAUUGCCUUCGAGCUUAUGCACUUUUUCAAAGGCAAGCGCUAUGGUCGUGAGAGUUAUGGUGCCUUAAAGAUGGACAUUAGCAAGGCAUAUGAUCGUAUGGAGUGGAAUUAUGUUUCGGAUGUCUUGGAUGAAAUGGGUUUCUCAACACAGUGGACGAGUGUGAUCAUGCACUGUAUUACUUCAGUCAGCUAUCAUAUUGUUCAUGAUGGGAAGGAAUUGGGUCCAAUUAUGCCUACACGAGGAUUGCGGCAAGGAGAUUCCUUGUCCCCAUAUAUAUUUAUCUUGUGUACUGAGGGACUUUCACAGCUUAUAUCGCACAAGGUGGCUAGUUCGGCUUUACAUGGUUGUCGGGUGGCUAGGAGAUGCCCUGAGAUAACUCAUCUCUUCUUUGCCGAUGAUAGCUUGAUUUUCUUCCAUAGCACUGCUGCUGAAGCUCAGGUUGUGAAGGAGGUGGUUUCUACUUAUGCACAGGCGUGA